CAUUGCGCUCUGCUAUAUUGACUCUCGACAUGAGCCCAUUUCACGGGUCCCCGCUCCAUGCACAGUACCGGGAGACCGAUAAUCCCAGUCGGGUGAUCCACACGAGGUUUUUAACGCCGACACGAAAUAUGCUUGUUCCAGAAAUGUGAAAAUUUCGGUGAAUUUUAUCAUUUUUUCCCUUAGCCCCCUCCUCCUCAAAGUGCAUCCACCCCAUCUGCGACAGCUCCCCCCUCUCCCCUCCUCACUUGUUUACCCGGAAUGCCAUUGACAUUUCUUAUUGUGAGCUAUGGAUCCAUGUUUUGCGUAGGGAAAGACGUAGAGAUCUGGAAACGCUGAAUUUUUCAGAGACAAGUAGACAUGUAUCGGCAUGUACCCUCGAGUACAACUGCGUCGAAAGAUUUUGAUUUUCACUGCAUUCGGUUUCGUCUGUUAUGUGAUUUGGAUCUGCUGCCUGCGGCGCCUAGCACAAAAUUCCGACACAAAAUUGUACAUUUCAGAUGAUUAUAACGCACAAAUCGCUGACACAAACGCACUUACUCAUGGAUUCGAGCCCGCUGAUCCAGAAAGCAAAACUAAAGAAUUGCAGCAGGAGGCGGUGACGAAGAAACCGGAGCCGCCCCGACGGCCAUGGUUCAUGACGGACGGGGAGGUCUGGCCGGUGGCGAGCGGGGCGCGGCGGAACGUCUCGCUGAUGCCGGGGGAGGCGCCCGGGGAGGACAGGAUCGCCAACCAGCUCAUGUACGUGCCUCACAACUACGAGGAGGUCCGCCAGAGCGGGGCCCUCAAGAAGAUCCUCCUCUACCACGGCGAGACCUGGAGCUGGAACGUGGAGCUCGGCGCCGGCUGGUUCAAGCGCAACAAGUGCCCCGUCGACACCUGCUCCAUCACCACCACCAUCGCCGAAGCCAACGCAGCCGAUAUCAUCAUCUUCAAGGACCAGUACAUUCCCUCCGUCUAUCGCCGACCACCCCACCAGGUAUGGAUGCUGUACAUGUUGGAGUGUCCGUACCACACGCAGCACAUGCGGCACAAUGACGUGUUCAACUGGACGGCGACCUACCGUCACGACAGCGACAUAGUGGCGCCCUACGAGAAAUGGGUCUACUUCGACGAGAAGGUGCGUCAGAAGGAAAAACCGGACGAGAACUACGCUCGACAGAAGAGCAAGCUGGUCGCCUGGUUCGUCUCCAACUGCGCGGCCAAGAACCGGCGCCUGGAAUACGCUUACGAGCUCCAGAAACACAUCCAGGUCGAUAUGUACGGCUCGUGCGGGCUCCUCAAAUGCCCCCGCAGCGAAAAGUGCUUCCAAAUGCUCGAUACAACCUACAAGUUCUACCUCGCUUUCGAAAAUUCAAACUGCGUUGACUACGUCACCGAGAAGCUCUUCGUCAACGGGCUUCAACACAACGUCAUUCCAAUCGUGAUGGGGGCCCGGCAAGAGGACUACGCCAACGUGGCUCCCUACCAUUCGUACAUCCACGUCGACGAGUUCGACUCGCCCAAGCACCUCGCCGAGUACCUGUACAAACUGGACGAAGAUGAGGAGUUGUACAAUUCCUACUUCCUGUGGAAGGGCACCGGGGAGUUCAUAAACACGUACUUCUUCUGCCGCGUGUGCGCCAUGAUCCACGCCGACUACCCGAUGAAAACGUAUCGGAACAUCAACGAGUGGUGGAGGGGUCCCGGCACUUGCACGAGCGGCUCCUGGAAGAAAUUUAAUAAGAGCGAAACCCCGCGAUCCCGUAUCGGUCACGUCCGUAGUAUCUCCAAUACACCGGUGCUUAAAGUGUGAAGCCUUAUCCUGAGGCGGAAUAAAAACGUUGAGUGAAUUUUACCCAUGGAGCGGGCAAAGGUUCCGAGUAGAACUAGAUUGCAUUUUGCAAAAAGGAACCACCAGCAUUGCAACGAUGCUAUAAGAUUGUGCAACAUCAUCUUG